AUGGCCCGGGCUAGUGGGGGCGGAUCUAGACCAAUUCUAAACCUGCCAAGGCGCAUGUCUCUGAACCCCUCCAAGCUCAACAUUGGUCUUCAGCUCAGCUCCAGGUCUCCAAGUGGAACCUUUCCCAUCCCCGCCGCAAAAGCUCGAAUACAAUGUCAAGAAUGUACUUCGUAUGACCUUUGCGCUAGUUGCUUCGUGGUGGGUAAAGCUAGCCUGGCGCAUCGGGUAUCUCACGAUACCGUUCUCUUUGCGACUUCAGGUCACAACUUUGCGAAUCUCAGCAAGUUGAAGCAGCCUUCAGUGCCUAUCACGAACCCUCUUGUGAGAAGGAGACCUCUUAUCGCGCCCCCUUCCCUUCCUCCCCGGCACCAGUCCAGCUCUUUACCAUCUCAUUCAGGACUACCCCCUACACCUCAAGUCACACAGCCAGUCUUGCAAGAACCCAUAUACCAACCGACAGCUACUCAAGCCGAGCCACAGUAUCAAGCAGUACCUCCUCCAGGUGCCUAUACACCAUCUCCUUCCUAUCAAGUCGAUACACCGACACACCAAGUACCAAACCAAACCAACAAUCAGCAUGUCCAAAAUGCUCCUCCUCCAGCGCAUCUAUCAGGGAACCCAUAUUCGAUUCCCCUUCAACCCAUCAACACGACACCACAGCCUUCCAUUCAACCGCCAUUACCUACUCCACCCCUCGCGGAGAACCCUUAUGCCAAUCCCCCUCUCCAGCAAUCCUCCACCGGAGACCGAUUUUAUACUCCAACUCAAGCUGUGCUAGGGACGCCAACACAAUGGCAGACAUUACAAACGGCCGGAACGCCAUCCCCCUUUCUAAGGACUAUGUUGACUGCGGUCUUUGACCGGAUAGACACAGCACGGACUGGAUUUCUAUCCCCGGAACAAUAUUCAGGGUACCUUGAUGUGCAGCAAUACCGACUUGAGGAAGACGUUUGGAAGAAGAACCUACUCCAGCGACCCGGCUACAACCCACAAGACCUCGCAGAUUUCGAACUCCGCCUCACAUACGAGAACUUUGGCAUCGACCAUCGACUCCAAACGCGCAACAUUGCUCCGUCCCAGAUGCCACCUCUAUCGGAGGGGAAAAUGCCGAUGCUCACGCCUAUCGGCUUUAUAGAGCUCACCUUCAUUGAGCUCUUCUCCGACGCGACACCAUUAGGUUUGAGCAGGAUGAAUAUGAUAUUGCGACAUUAUGGGGUUUGGAGAGAGUUAGGCGAUAUACCGAGGAAUCUUUGGCCGGCGACGCCGCCACAAGAACUGGUAGAGCGUGUUCGGAGAAUGAGUGCGGCUGCGAGAAAUCGUACGCAGGAACUUAUUGAUGCAAAUAAGGUGAAAUUGCAGUUGCAAGCACAAGGAAGGCAGAAUGCGAUUGAUCUGCUGGAUCCACCUGGGACACGAUAUUAUUAUCAGUAUUAA